AUGAACGUGGGCUUUGCAUUGGAUGCAUCAAGCAAGACGGGAGAGGAGAACUUUGUUUCAACAUUGAAAUUCGCAGUAAAUGUGUCCAAGUACGUAAACGUGGAUGCAGCCGACACGUGGAUUUUUCUAGCAUACGGGAAUCAAAAACGAGUGUUUAAAACAAGAUCAAACCUUGAUUCCUUAAUGCCUGAGUAUGAACAGUUCCCCAACGCAACAGAAACUCUCUUGGGAGCUACGCUGACAAACAUGGCAGAACAGUUUUUGGACGAGGGUCAUCAAAGAGAUGCUGUCGACAUUGCGAUUUUGAUCGCAAGUCAAAUAUCUAUGGACGAUAUAGGUCACCCUGCAGUCAUGCUAAAGAAGCAAAAUGCAACUGUUUUUGCACUUGGGGUUGGAAGUGAUUACUCGGGGGGUCAAUUGACAGAAGUAGCUUCGGACCCUGACAGUGAUUACUUCAUUGCCUUGAGCAGCUGGAAUGGAUUGGAUGAGUAUUUGGCAAAGAAAUUAGCAAUGAAAAUCUGCCAAGGUAGGUAUUGAGUAUUAUCCCAAAAAUUCUGCAAAAUAUACAAAAGUUUAGGGCCUUUGGGAAAUAAUGAGUCCUUCAUGGGUUUGUUCAUUUCCCAGAGAAAUGUCAGAUACUUUUUCACCAUAGUCCUUUCUGGGGGUUUUGUCUUUGCUUUUGUCCAUAUUCAUAUUGUAAGUUGCGAUUGCCAAUUCCAUUUAAGAGUAGUGAGCUGACACCUACUCCAAGAUAAUUUGCUUUUCUUUUUUCUAUUGGAAUAGUUGAGGACAGUUGUGCGAGUUCUCCCUGCCAAAACGAUGGUAAAUGCAAUAGUUUCAAGGGUAGUUACAACUGCACAUGCUCUGUGGGAUUCUACGGCGACCAGUGUGAGAAAAGUGAGGAACUCUAUUAAUGUCGAUAACAAAUUAAUGGAUAUAUAAAUAAUAAACAAAUAGAUUGACGAGUAGUCUACAAUUCAAUUUUACAUUCGUGAUAUCUACGAGACUAGCUCGCAUUUCCCUCACUUAUAAGAGUUUUUGCCACAAGCUGCGCUUCUAAACGCAACUCAGUGUCGAUGCGAAAUAAGUGUACCAGAUAUAGCUAGUAUCCAGGAACGUAAGGAAGAUCUUCCAAGAUAUUUACCACACAUUAGUGUUUUACUACAUCCUGGGGUUUGUCAGGUUCUGCCAAGAUGGUGACAUCACUUCACAUACAUUGAGUGAAAAGAUAAUGCCAAUUUUGUCACAAGUAAAGCAAGUUACUUUGCAGCUCAGUGAUAAGAAUAGGUUAGAAUCUUCAACUGCAAUGGGAAUUAUUCCUUUUCUUUCUCAAUACUUGCGACGAAUAUAUCAAGUAUAUUUUUAACCCUAAGAUCAUUAUAUAAUUUUUUUUAGGGGAGCACUUUUAAGUGCUCAUUAUUGACAAAGCGUUUCGUGAAGGUUCAGGAAAUGUUCUCGAAAUGUCGUUUCUUCGCACAGGUCGUUCCCUGGAAUAUCUGUCUCUCGGAUGUUUCGUAGAUGAUGCGAACACACACGCUCUUAUUUCGAUGGAAAAUGGAAAUGCAACAUUUUUAGAUGUACCAUAUCGAACAAGAGACAAGGCAGUCAUGAAAUGCGCUUUAGAGGCUGCUAAAAACGACUACAAGGCGUUUGCUCUUCAAAAUGGCGGCGAGUGCUUCUCCGGUUCCGCAGCUCUUAGCAGGUACGCUAUGUAUGGUGACGCACAUUGUCCUGAUGGAGGAAAAGGCGGUCCCCUCAUCAAUGAGGUUUAUCUUCUUGGAGGUUGGUUAAUGUUUUCUGUUAAUAUAAAGUUAGAUGUCCUUCAAGAUAACAAAAAAAACAAACAAACAAACAAAAAAACAAACAAACAAACAAACAAAAAGUCGUCGCUCAAAGUUAGCACUAUCGUAUUUUCGUUUCAGCUAAUCAUUCUGCUUUCCCUAACUCUAUUUUUAUGAAAUAAAAGCCAAGUGUGGAAAGAUGUUACGAAAUGGCCUGAUUCACGUCUCGAAAUCAACGGUUCGAGGUUCGUCUUACAAAGGAUCCUGGAACGUUCCAGUUCUAAAUGGAAGUUACUCUUGGUGUCCAACUGAUGGUGACUCCCGCCCAUAUUUUGAAAUUGAUCUAGGUAAGUCUUGCGUUUUAACAUUGCCGUUUUUAGUGGACAUAUGAAACAUUUUGAUAAUAAUAACCGCAAUGUAUGUGUGAGUCGUAAACGAGAACUUAGAGACGCGGGAAGAUUGAAAAUCUUAUGAGAAAUUUUAAGUUGAGUGUCGAAGAAAUUGCGGAAUUGCACGGAUUAUACUUCUCUAAGUUCUGGGAUUAGUCUGGGCAAGUUGCAACACCUUUUCACCUAAACAGGCACGUAACUUUGGCCAAUCACAACCUGGUUUCGCGUGUUUUCCCGAGCUUCAGGGAGGGUGAUUGCUCCAACUUACGAUUUCAUUGGCACUCUGCGACUUUCACCUUUGUUUUGAUUGGCCGUUGUGAUAUCUUUAGCUUUGGUUUUACAACUUUCUAUUGCAAAUCUCUCUUAAUCUUUGAUAAGGUUUGUACCCCACUUUAAAUGAUUACACUUUUAACCAGUUUGUUUUAUUUUAUGUUUUUUAUUUUUUAUUUUUCUGGUUAUCUCUCUACAGGGAGAGAAAUAUACUUGUCUAAACUCUUUGUGCAAGGAAAGCUGGGCGCAGCGAACUCAAUGGAGAAAAUCUGUGUGAAUUAUACUUCGGAUAGUGAAACUCCCGAUGGGGAUUUGCCUUGCACUGUGAGUUAAGAUUCCUUAUUCCCCCUUAUUUCCUGUUCCGUAUCGCAUCCUUUCAACUUGUAGUCAAGAUUCCGUAAGUUACAAGGAAGGAUAGACCUAUUAAAUUUUCCCUAAAGUAGCUUUUGAUCGAUGCAUACGAAACGUCAAAAGAAGCAAGUUUCAACAAUUUCCGAAUCUCAGCUAUUCGCAGCUAUGCAAGUUUAGCACGGUCAUGUGACUAGAUGCGUCAUAAGCAGCAGUUGUUAGAAAAAAACAAGAACAAAAACAAAAGACAAGGACUACAACUACAACACGGUGGACGGUCGACGCUUUAAUUAUUUUUUAUCGUUAACUAUUAACAAAUUGCUAUUUACAAGGCAUCUUUUAACAUGAUUCUAUUCAGAAUUACGUUUUAUUGUUGAGACGACGCUUUCAAGUGCAAGAAUAUCUCCAACAAACUGUCGACCCUAGCUUACGCGUCGAGUUAAAUUUCUAUUAAUCGACCAAACGUUUGAUCGUUAUUAUAUGAUCAGCCGAAUUCUACGCACACUUCGAUUAGCUCUUAAAGGCGCAUGGCAAUGUAAAAUCUAUUUGUUAAAUAGUUGCAGAUCAGUAGCAGCAAAAGGUUUCUUUUUCUUACCAAAAAAAAGUCAAAAGAGCGGAAAAAAUGUUUUACAUUUUAUUAUUACUAAGUGAUGAAACGGUCAGAAAGGGUUUAAAUCGCAGCUUGUUACAGACAAGAAGGACUUGAAGCAUCAGCAAUAUUAGGACCAAAAUGAAUCAUUUUUAUCACUCAGUCUAGCGAUAAUAUGAUUGUAUUCAUGGAAUAAAUUUUAUUUCAGCUUUUUGAAAAGUAUAUGUCAGGUCAAAGUGGAGACUACGGCUAUGACCAUGGGGUGUCACCACCUUUCCUCAUCGAUUCAGUGCGCCUGGCGCCUUCUUCCAAUAGUCAUGAUGGCAGGUGCUUGAGAACAGAUCUUGAAGGCUGCGUGACGACCGUGACAGAGGGAGAAGAAGUGACGAAAGGUAGCGCUGGAAGCAGCUUUGUGCUUAGUUGCUAUGUGUAUAAGUAAUCGACCCUUACCGUUGAUUUUUUUCAGUCAUUGACCUUAAGCUCCGUAUUCUUCUUUUCUUUUGAAAAUUUGACUGAAUGGGGUUCUACUUAAUUAAUAUGAUCUUCUAUUUUCCUAUUUAUUUAACUUUUAUUUAUUAUUUGUCGAAGGUUGCUACCCAACACAGAGGAACAAAUGUUGCGUUUUCCCAUUCUGGUACAUGGGACAUCAACGAUACUCGUGUAUUAAGGACAAUCACAACCAACCAUGGUGUGCUACCACUGAUAAUUAUGACAGAGACCAACUCUGGGACAAUUGCCAAGGUACAUGUAUCAUAGCAAUUGGCUCUAUCUUAAUUAAUUUUUUAUCGGAUUGUUAUUUUUGUAUUAAAGUUCCCAAAAAUAUAUUUGCUCGAACAUCAACCUCUAUGGUGUCUUUAUUGUUUAUAGCUGCAAAAUACUUUUUUCCUUUGUUUUAAGUCUUUGUCAACCAAGUUCUGAAUUCCAUAGAGGGAUAUAAAACUAAGUAUUAUGAGCAAUUCUCUAUCUUCCACUAUAGCUAAGGCCGGUUUGGAUGCCAUUUCGUUUUCCGACAAUCUCAAAAAUCGUAUGAUAUGAUAGACAAGAAUCUAGCGCCUUUAAACGUUGUGGUGAUAUAUGGAGCUAUCCUUAAUGUAUAUCUACAAUAGUUCAUUUGUCCGGCCUGUUGCCAACAUACCUUUUAAAAUUAUAGGAAUUUCAAGCCCCUGUGACACAACGCCAUGUCACAAUGGUGGUACUUGUGUUGAAAACUUGGAGGAUUGGACUUAUAAUUGUAUUUGUGAAGAUGGGUUGUCAGAUGGCAAUUGCCAGGAUGGUGAGUAUUAGUUUUUUUGUUGGAUUCAUCGAUGAAAUAUUGCUUUAAUGAUCAAACAUGUUAACAUGUAUGCAUGGGUAAAAACUUACAUGAAUUUGUUAUAAUGAUAAUAACAAUAAAGUAAUAAAAAAUCAACUGCAAGUUUUCAACUCUCCAGGUGCUCACCUCAUUCAAAGUUUUGUUGUCGUUGUUUUUUUAAAUUCUACUGUGUAGAUUAUGAUGAAUGCUUUAACAGCCCUUGUCAGAAUGAAGGAACAUGUGUAAACACCUUUGGAAGUUACAGGUGUGAGUGUAAUCAUGGAUACAGCGGCAAAAAUUGUCACUUAAGUAAGUCAGAAACCUCCAUGUUUUGUAACGUAUUGUUGUGAGCGGACAUGCUUUCACCUAAAAAUAUAAUUUACUGUUUAUAAGAAAGUUAAGUUUAAAUGACAGCUAGGGGAAAUCUGACAAAGGAAAUACUAGUUUUCAUAAAAGUGGCGCACUAGGAUCAUAUAGUUUGAGAACAAUGCCAAGUUCAGUUCUUUACGAUUCCUGUUCUGAUAUUGUGCCACGAAUCAGUCUCUAUUUCUAUACAGUAACCGAGUAUUCUUUCAAACUAAAUUCCUUUAAUCUCAUACUAUUUUUAGUAACUUCACAAGUUUUGUAAUAUUUGCAUUAUAUCUCCAGAUUGCAGUUACAACAAGAUUGAAUUAGUUUUCGUGGUAGAUGGCUCUUCUAGUAUUGAAUACUAUGGCGAAAAUAACUUCCGUAUGAUGAAAGAUUUCAUGAAGAACCUCACUCGUUCAUUCAGUGUUUCAAGUUCCGGCACGCGUGUGGGAGUGGUAGUUUACUCAACAAAUUCUACUGUUGUGUUCACACUGAAUCAGUACGCAAGCCCUGAAAGAGUAGAGGAGGCGAUUGAUAAUAUCGUUUAUCCAAGUGGUGGAACGUACAGCGGAAAGGCCUUGUACCAGACGGCAAAUAAACUCUUUGAUGAUGCAGAAGUUCGGGACAAUGUUCCAAAGGUAUUAGUGCUUCUCACGGACGGGGUUUCCACCGAUGACGUCAUACAACCUGCGACGCUAUUGAGUAAUAAGGAUGUGAUUGUUUUUGUGGUGGGAAUUGGUGAGAAUAUUAAUUAUUCCCAACUCACCCAGAUUGCUUACGGUCAAUCAGAACACGUCUUCAAAACGGAAUUUUCGUCACUUGGAUUUGUAAUGAAUAACAUCAGAGGAGCCAUAUGCAGAGGUAGCUUGAUUUUUUAUCCGUGUUAAUCUUUCUGGUUUCUUACCACUUCUUUCAUGCCUUUCUAUCUUUCUAACCUGGUAUUUUCUUACUUCCUAUGAGCUGAAGCUAGUUUUUACUCGUCACAAAACUUGAAGUGGCACCAAAUAUCGCUAUGUUGUCUUCGAAGCUUAAAACGCCUUUGAAUAAAAGAAAAACAAAACAAAAGUAAACGAACAAACAUUUAAAAAAAACAACUCAAAACAACAACAAUGACAGAAGCAUGAGCUAAGUACUGACAGGAGUACGGACAGUCACUCCAUUGGUUAAAAUGUUUUGUUUUUUCGUGUAUUUGAUUACUUUCUCUUUUUUUUUUUUUUUUUUUUUUUUUAUUUGCAGUUCAAAUGAAUGAGUACCAUAGUCACUAAGAUGCAAAUUAUUUUCUUCUUUGUAAUUCUGUACUUCACCGGUUUUACUUUACAGAAGUGGACGGCUGCUCAGACAAUCCAUGUCACUUCAAUGGAGUUUGUACAGAUGCCGGCUUGAAAUGCGCGUGUGCACAGGGAUUCCAGGGUGACUUGUGUACUGAAGGUUUGUAAUGUGGGUGAAAACUGCUCCUAAAAGAACAAACUUAGUGAAUAAUGAAGAAUGAUCACACGUGGCUCUGUAGAUUUAGAAGGCCCUUCGGUUCAGUCUCAUUAAACAAAACCAAGGCACUCAAAACAGCCAAUUAAAGGAAUAUCUCACGUGGAGCUUUUGAAAACCCAAAGAAAAACACACAAGCAAGCAAAAACGUGGGAAAGGAAGUGUGUAAGUAGCAAUUGGCUUUAUUUUUUCACGGACUGUUUGACUCGGUGGUGCCAGUUUGCUAAAUCAAUCACGUUGCGUUUGUAUGCAAAAGAAAAUCAAUGUAUCCCUCACUUGAAAAUCAAAGUAACUCGGUUGAUUGUGGUCACACAAAGGUGGAAAAUUCUGACCUGAACAUUUUCUUUUUUUUCAUAUUACACAGAUGUAAAGGAAUGCUCAGAACACGGAGUGAGCUGUGAAUCUGGAAAGAAGUGCACCGAGGGUCUGGGUGGUUUUGAUUGCACCUGUAGUGACUCCUCGAACUAUGGCGACAAUUGUGAUAAAGGUCAGCAUAAGAAUCCAUAGAGAAUCGAGAUAUGAGCCUGCAUCUCCCAUGCAGGUCACUUCCGCGAUGUUAUUUCGUUGGCUUGUUAUGGAUGCUCGGGCAUUUCUGUUCCACGUCACUUAACUAUUUUCGUUUGUUACAGAUUGCUCCAAGGCGGUCACUAUUCUGUUCUUGCUGGAUAGCUCCUAUAACGUGGGAGAGGACAAUAUAACACGUCAAGUGGAGUUUAUUAUCACGACGGCAUCAACGCUCAGUCACAGUAGCAUCGGUGUUAUAGCAUAUGCCACAGACACCCAAUAUUUAAUCAGCCCAGGAAACUCAUCCAGUUUCUCCGAGUUCGCAAAUAUUUUACGAAACGCUAAUUAUUCCAUGGGUAAAUACAAAAACCUGGGAAAAGCAUUAACGAGGGCACUAGAGGAAACAAUGUUGUUUGAUGAAACUACGGCGUCAGUUGUUGUCGCAAUGGUCGCUGGGAAGGCCGAGGAUGAUUAUGCAGUACCUGCUUCCCUGCUUCGUCAAAGAGGUGUUACCAUCAUCGGUUUGCCGUUGGGUUCACAUUACAGCAUGUCCCAACUAAACAUGUUGGUUACCAAGCCGAGUGAGGAGCACUUGUUGAGGGCAGAAUUUGCUGAUCUGACGCAUUUUAUUAGCACUAUAAGAAACAAAAUUUGCAAAGGUUUGUAGUUUUAAGGAAGAAGCGAAUAAACUUGCCAAAGAUAUUUCUAAAGAAGGAACUAAGGCAGAAAGGGAAGGGUGAAUAUAAAGGAACGCGGGCCAUUUUCUAAACAGUACAUGAAUUAAUUUUUUUUGUGUUCCUAACGGCAAUGUCUCUGUGUCUAUCGUAGCUUCAAAUCCAUGUUCCAGUUCUGACUGCUCAUCUGCUGAGAUUUGCGUGAACAACUAUGGCGAAACUGGAGGAUUUAGUUGCGUAACAGGUUAGAUUCGUCAUGGAAGCUAAAAAGUAGCCGGGUGUGAGUGGUAGCAGGGAAUUUAAUUGUGUAGUGCUGGCGUAACAUGUUAGUCUAAUUUAGAUAAAUGAGACACCUGAUACCAGAAUUGUUGUUUUGUCAUGUUCAUAGAUUCAUGCUCUCUCAACCCGUGCCAAAAUGGCGGAAACUGCUCCUACGAUGCUUCUGGAAGCUACACUUGUGCAUGUCCGCAUGGAAUUGGAGGGCAAAACUGCACAGAAGGUAAGUCUAGAGAAACCAUCACCGAGAACUUUUCUAGGAUGUAAGUGGCCUUUUUGCAGAAGAAGGCGUUGGAUACUGGGUCGAAUAGUCAGCGAUAAAACCUCGGCCAGGGUCAUUGUGUCACUUAUACUCUCAUCUUGCCUGUUUCGUUUACGGAUCAUGAACUGUCGAGAAACUUGGCUGAAUUUUUUCCCAUAUUUUCCAUUAGAGCAUAGUUUCUUGGAGACUUCCCACCGUCUGGCUCAGUAUUGGGCUAUCGUCUUACCUGCCUCCAGGUUCAGGCUCCUUUACUCGCUUCGUGGUCCACGCACCCUCUCCACCUGUUCGGGGAGUGACCUUGACCUCGUGGGUUCAAUCAUAGAGCACGUUUGGUAGCAGUUAUGUUUUAUUUUCUAAACGUGUAUGCCCAAUUGAACUUUACUAACGCCUAAAAAAUCGCCGAACCUGAUGAAAUAUUCGGAGGCAACAUGCAAGGGCUACACUAAUAUCCUGUCCAGAUGAAGUAACCAUGAUACCAUUAUUCGCUUCAUGUUAGACAAUAAACCCCAGAUGUUAUUCAAGUCGAUCCUAUUCGUGCAAUUUGUGUUUUAUGAGUUCUCUUCUUCUUGUUCUUCUUCGCUAUUUAUUAAAAUUUGCUUUUUAUAUCAUGCAUAGAUAUUAUCAAUGAGUGUGAUUCAGCGCCGUGCAUACAUGGAGGAACGUGUAUUAAUCAACUGGGACAUUUUGAAUGCGAAUGCGGAAAAGACUAUGCUGGACCACAGUGUGAAUUAGGUAAGUGGUAGCUGUGAUUGAAAGUGGAAUAAGAAAAAAACAUGAAUGGAUAUGAAAAUAGUACAACAUCAAUUAAAUCGUGUUGGUAAAUGGGAAUUUAUUGGUAAUGUUACCUUUUCCACUGAUAAUGUUAUAGUGAGUGUGAAGAUUCUCUUCCAGAGGAAUGGUGUUAAUAAUGAAAUUCACUAUUUGUUAACAGCUUGCGUCAAUCAGAAGUUCAACUUGAUAUUUGUCAUGGACGGAUCAGGAAGCAUAGAAAGUCAGGGUAAAGGCAACUUCCAGCGUUCCAAAGACUUCGUGAUUGAUAUGGUGCAGUCGUUCAACAUUGGCAAAGACGACACGCAUGUGGCUGUUGUUCUUUACUCAGAAAAAGCGCAAGUGGUGUUAAAAUUAGGUAAAUAUGUCGACGAAGUCGAGAAAAUCGUAGAUAAAAUUGAAGAAAUGUCUUACCCCGGAGGGAAAACCAACACCGGAUAUGCAUUGGAUGAAGUUCGCAAAGAAGUCUUCAAAGACAUCAAAGGGUCACGCAAAACUGUACCGAAUGUUGUGAUGGUGUUGACAGAUGGUUUGUCGCAUGAUGACGUUGAAGAACCUGCAGAAGAACUUCGUGAUGAGGGUGCAACUAUUAUUAGUCUUGGUGUGGGCUGUUGUUAUGACAAUGAGGAGCUGAGAGAGAUGGCCUCUGAUCCUGUUGAUGAGCACGUGUUUGCAGUCAGUUUUUCGGCCUUAAGCGAGAUUAAAGGUCUAGUGCGGGAACAGAUCUGUCACGGUAAGACGUCAUAACAGAAAAAGUGACUGGUUUUAUCGCAGAACUUGUAGAGCAGCUUUGAAAGUGAAAUAAGAAGCAGAAUGUUAAGGAACGUGUUCUUUUUUUUUGCCUCGCCAUAACAGAAACCAAAGCCCGUAUGACAGUAACAGUCGUUUCUCAACGAGGAGAUCUCCGGCCUGUGGGUGCAAACCCAUUGUUUGUAAUCCGUACCAAUUUUGUCAUCCCAAGCUCAGUAAUUCUUUCCGAUUUUCUUUUCUUCAUGAAAAGAAACUCCACCAAUGAAACAAUUUCUCAAUUUUUUCCCCUCGUCGUCAUUCACUAUUUUUUCAUGCGAUUUUGUUGUUUUUCCACCUUAACAAGCUAAUAGUUUAUACCUUCCCUCACGCCCAAGUUAAUUGUUUAAGUUUUGCCUUUUGCAAUUCUCCAUUCUCUGCUGUCGUUGUUCCUUUUUAGCUUAUCUCUUCGAUUUUCUACAUUAUUCUUGCGACAUAGGAAGUUUGACUUGUUGUACGGAGGACGGAAUGAACGUUAGUGAGUUCCUCUAAUGUCUUCUAUUGUUUUUGUGUUGUCUAGCCAUCGACUAUUGCUACAGUGAUCCCUGUCUUAAUGGUGGAACCUGCAUCAGUCAGCUAACGGACUAUCAUUGUGAAUGCCCAUCUGGUUGGCAAGGAAAGGAUUGUGAAACUGGUAACUGCUUGUCAUUAUCAGAAAUACAAAAAAUGUUCUUUUGGAAAAUGUCAAAAGCUUUUUAGAUUCUAACAAAAACUGCCUGGCAUUCUAAGGGCUGUUCCUCGACGGAAAAAAAUGGGGUUGGUUGGAUAUAUUCUCACUAUUCAAACGGGGAAAGGGGCUAAAUAAAGAUCGCCUGGUCACCAAGGAGGUAGGGAAGGUUCACCCAAGAAAAUUAUCUCGUUAUUGACCACACUUGUAGUUUGCUUUUACUACGUAAAGCACUAGCUAUUAAAAUAAAGAUAAACGGAGUUCUCAAAAUACUAAAUAUGAAGUACUCAUGGUCUUUAUAUUUUCAGACGUAGAUGAAUGUGACACUGGUAUUACUCAUUGCUCAGAAAAUCAAGUGUGCCAGAAUUUUCCUGGAGGAUCUGCAUGCGUGUGUUCAAACAACCGAUUUGGAGCAAAUUGUACCACGCGUAAGUCAUACAGGCCGAGUGGGAUUAACAAAACAAAUGAAUAAUUAAAUUAUUGGUGCUUAGAGAGGAAUUUCUUCUAGAAUUCCUUACACCUGCUUAAUAUGACCUUUUAAUUAUUUAUAAUGAAUAUGACUGACUUCCCAGUUCUCAUUUCCCUUCAUAAACUGCGAUAAAUUUUAGAAAAUUACACAUUUUUCGCCUUUUUUUUCCAUUUUGGAGCAUGCUAGGAUUUUGGGAGAAAAUGGCUUCAAAUCUGAUUCUAAGCCGGCUGGUAUUUUCCAAAUAAUUAGUUUGCCAAUAGGAUUAGGGGCAUCAGAAGGCCAUAGUGUUAAUUCAUCGAUAUCUUUUCUUCCGAAAAUAUACCUGCAUUUUUCCACUAUUUGUGACUGCCGUCUUAGUGCGUAUUCUUUGGUUAACAUAUUAAACUUCUGUCACUGAAAGGAAUAAAGGACUUAUCUACUUUUUUAAUUCCUUCCUUUCUUUUUUCAACUUAGAAUGCAAAUACACUCAAUUUGACGUAGCCUUCCUCCUGGACACUUCGGGUAGCAUUAACAACGCCGGCGAGCACAAUUAUCAGAUCAUGAAAGACUUUCUUAAAGGCAUCGUUAAAUCGUUUGUCAUUGGCCCAGAUGACACAACUGUCGCUGUAGCAACAUUUUCGAGCACUUCGCGUUUCCUUGUGCAAUUUGAUUUCACAAAAUAUUCCACAAAAGAGGCAAUCGUAGAUGCUGUGCAAAAUAUUCCAUACUAUGGCGGAUAUACUUACACUGGCGAUGCUUUGUAUCGUGUACGAACUCGUCUCUUCCCGCUAGCACGAGCUGGAGUCCCGCAUAUCCUUAUUGUUCUCACGGAUGGUCGAGCAAAUGAUGACGUGGACGAUCACGCCGAGGCCCUUCGUAAUACAGGCGUCCACAUUAUUUCUGUUGGUGUCGGCAACGCGGAUCAUCGGGAGCUCGAAGAGAUUGCCAGCAAGCCCGCCGAUGAGAAUGUGUUUAUGGCAAGUUUUGACUCAGUUGUAAGUCUUGCUAGCUCUAUUCUGGAGGACGUCUGCAAAGGUGAGCGAAAGCAGAAACAAUUCUUUAGUUUUUUUGAACAUUUCUGCUAGCGAGAGGUUAGCGCGUUUGGACUUCGUGCGAGUUUGGCAUAGUACAUGCUUAAAUAGAAAGGUUCUUGAAAUAUCGUUUCCCAUAAACCGUCUCAGCAGGUAUUCCAUAGCUGUAAUUAGUUUUCCAGUGUAGUUUACGCAAAUAUUGGGGUUCACAAACUCGAUCCUUUUUGUCUCUUUCUACAGUUGUUGAUCAUUGCAUUGGAAGUCCUUGCAGAAAUAAUGGUACUUGCAAUAACCUGCUGAACGAGUACAACUGCACUUGCCCUGGUGGUUUCAAAGGCAGAAGCUGCGAAGGUUUGUUUUUAAUUUUUUUUGAUAUGGACCAAUGUGAAUGGGUUAAAGUAGUAAGUUGACAUCCUUUCUUGACUUUAGGUGGUGUUUCGUUAUUUUAUUUCUCUAGUGGUUGACCAUUGUAGUGAAAGUCCUUGCCAAAACAAUGGGACCUGUCUUAAUCUUGCCAACAACCACACUUGUGACUGUGUUAUGGGAUUUACAGGGAAGUACUGCGAAGGUUUGUAUGGUACUUUGAUUGAUCAACUAAACGAAAAGAGCGAGGCAUUACUCUAUGGUCAUUACGAUCAUCAGGCAAGAAUAAUCAUAUUCCUUUUAUUCUAUUUAUCUAUUUGAAGCCGUGGAUCAUUGUCGUUACAGUCCCUGCUUGAAUAACGGAACCUGCCAAAAUUUUCCGGACAACUACACCUGUGAUUGUACACCAGGGUUUUCAGGACCAAGCUGUGAAAGUGAGUAUCACAUAGAGUAGACUUGAUGUGAAAGAGGCCUCCUACUUUCUCUCCUCCUCCCUUUAAUUCCUCUCUUGUAUUCUUCUUCGAGAAAAAGCCGGUUUUCACGAAAACUUGUCAGAGUAAAUCCUGCUUACAUUGAUAUAGCGUGGAAAUUUUCGAUACUUUCAAGUCUUUUUCGUCAAUCACUUAUGUCAUUGGGCUAAUUUUUCGUUAUCUCUCUCUUGUAUUUGCAGCCGAAGAUCACUGCUUUGACUACCCAUGUCAAAAUAAUGGAACAUGUCACAGUAAUUCUGAAAACUACACGUGUUCGUGUCUUCCAAGUUACACCGGGCAGAACUGUGAAGGUCUGUAUCAUGCAAAAUAAUCUUACUUUGAGCCAAAUGCACAAUCUCAUAACUCUCGUUAAUCUCAUAACGCUUUGUCCAAAAACCCUUAACUUAAAAAAUGGGAUCAAGUUCAAAACCUUGGUUACAGAAAUGAGUUUAUAUGUUUAUAAGUAUUACUAAUCAGAAAUAUGUAUUCUGUUUUAUUUUUAGCUAUGGACCAUUGUCACUACAGUCCCUGCUUGAAUAACGGAACCUGCCAAAAUUUUCCAGACAAGUACAUCUGCGAUUGCAUGGCAGGGUUUUCAGGACGAAGCUGUGAGAGUGAGUAUCACUAGGAUAGACACGAUGUGAAGGAGGCCUUCUAAUUUCUUUCAUAUUGAAUUUGAUUUCUCUCUUAUGUUCUUUCUUACUCUUUGGCAAAGAACUUUUGGAGAAAAAAAUUUCAAGGAAACUUGUCAGUGUAAAUCAUGCUUUCAUGAAUGACUAUAGCGUGGAAAUUUCAGAUACUUUCCUGUCUUUUUUGUCAAUCAAUAGCGUCAUUGUUCUUAUUCUCUGUUAAAUCUGUCCUGUAUUUGCAGCCAAAGAUCACUGCUUUUACAACCCAUGCCAAAAUAAUGGAACAUGUGACAGUAAUCCCGAAAACUACACUUGUUCGUGUCCUCCAAAUUACACUGGAAAGAGCUGUGAAGGUUUGUUGUUGAGUGAGUUUUUCAAAAAACCAAUUUUACGAAACCUGUCCUAUGUCAAGUGAUCAUUCUCGCCGCUUUUACUUUGUAUUUUCAAGUAUUGGAUUGAAGGAUCCACCAUUUCCGUGUUCUCAAAACCCUAAAUUAAGAUUGACUUCCGAACCUUUUUUUUAACUGUUUUGUAAAAAAAAUUUCUUUUUAUCAAUAGCCUUUGAUCAUUGUCACUACAGUCCCUGCCUGAACAAUGGAACCUGCUAUAAUUUGCCGAUCAACUUCACCUGUGAUUGUAUGCCAGGGUUUUCAGGACCAAGCUGCGAGAGUGAGUAUCAAAGAAGAAACAGUUGACGCGAAAAAAAACUUAGGUCUUUCUUCCCUCGUACUCUUCCUCCUCCUUCUUCCUCCUUCCCCUUGUCCUUCUUUCCCUCAGUCUAUUUCACCUAUUUCCCCUUUUCCUCCUUCUCCUCCUUCCUCCCCAUCCCCCUCCUUCUCCUUUUACUCCCUAUUAUAAAUUUUCCCCCAUUACUCCUUCGCCUUCUUCCCCCCUUUUCUCCUCCGUCUUCUACUCUUUCUUCCUGUUCCUUCUCUUUCUUUCCCUUGUUUUUCCUCUUCGUCGUCCCUCUUUUCCUUCAGUGUCAUGUCGGCCUCCUUUUCCUCUUUUUUCAUUGUUUGCUUCAUUAUCCACCUUCCCAUCUGUCUUCAUCUCCCUUAAUAUCUACGUUCUCAUUCUGUUUUUCCAAUUUUCCCAUUUUCUCAUUUUCUUCGUUUUCACUAAUUUUAUUUGAAUUUUCUCUUUUCUUCGCUUUAGAAGUAGAUUAUUGUUAUGAUAGCCCUUGCCUUAACAACGGAACUUGUCGUAGUCUUUUGAAUAACUACACUUGCGCUUGCACAGAACAAUUUCAAGGAAAGAAUUGCGAAGGUUAGAACUCCACUUACAUUUCACUAUUUUUGUUAAUUGUCGUGUUGAUUUCUCUCAGCCGAGUUCAGAUUUGUUCAGGAAUGAUACAUUUAGUACUUCUUUUACUUGUUACUUCUAUUUGUCUGCUCGAUAGGUAGAAAAAAAAAUUCUUGUCACUUUGCAGAAAAAGACCAUUGCUUCGACAGCCCAUGCAAAAAUAACGGAACUUGUCAAAAUACAGUGGAUGGCUUUCAAUGCUUUUGUCAGGGGAUGUUCAGUGGAAGGAAUUGUGAACAAGGUCUGUUUCUUUCUUUACCUGAACACUCCACCAUUCAAAACUUGAAAAAUUUUGCUACUUUGUUGGAGACGCAGUUGGUUGGUAUACUGCAUCGCAUAAGGAAGUUUUGAGUCACAGAGUUCCUGUCUUUGAGUCACUGAGUUGAAUGUUCGGCAGGGAUUCGGACGAAUUGCUCGAGCCUGACCUCACAGAGCUUCUUUUCAUCCAAUGCCAAAUUUUGCGAACGUGGACAGACGAUAAGCCAAGUAGAAUAGCAACACUCAUAGUUUUAUGGUUGCUUCUAAAACUAGAAAAGGCUUCCGAAAUAAUGGGCUUUUAGUGAGUAAGAGUUAAGAAAGUUAGGUAGAAAAAGUCGUAUACGGAUCUGAAUUUAAUAUAUUUUGAUUCCAGAAUUACAUCGAUGUUCUUACAGUCCUUGUCUAAAUAAUGGGACAUGUGUUAGACUAUUCGAUAACUACACUUGUGAGUGUCCAGAGGGAUACAGUGGACAGCUCUGCGAAGGUUGGUUUCUUUACUUGUUCCUAGAGAAUCUUCGUUUUUUGCUUUCUUUCCCUCUAUGAUUGAUCCAGAAACUAUGAAACACAGACCUAAUGAAUCGGAUACAGUUGCGACUUGAUCACUCGCGCUUUCCUGCACUUCAGGCAAUUUGUUAAUGCCGCAACCCGUCCGAACAGGUUGCCAAAACAAACCUAACUGCUUUCUAAGUCGUUCAAACGGAUAUAAAAACGAUCGAUGUCAAGCGGAGGGAAUUCUGUUCGAAUGAGGAUGGUCACAAUUAUCAGAACGGGUUUGAACGUCAAUGAAAAAAUUUGAUAUUUUACCGGAGAAACAGAUUACUGUUAUGGAAAUCCAUGCGCGAACAACGGAUCCUGCAUCAUCACCGCUGACAGCUUUCACUGUAGUUGCCUUCUGGGAUUCAGCGGAGGAAAAUGUGAAAGUAAUUAAGCGUGACGUAAACAUUUUCUGGUCCAGAAAAGCUUAAUAUCAUCUCGUGUGGAUUAUUCUCUCUCCGGUUUUCAGAUUGUUUCAAUAAACACGAACAUUUUUUUUCUUGAAAAUUUUAAUCGUGUAGGAAAAGUAAUCAGUUUGUGUAAUGUCAAAGACCAUGUCCAGAAAGGUCAUGGUAGAGUGAAGUUUUAUUCAAACCUUUCGUCUUUAAAGACAAGGAAGGCUAUUCCUGAAAAAAACGGUAUGCCUUGUUACAGAACCUUAUCAGCUUUAGCUGGACUUCUCGCAUCAAUUUGAUAUAUCUCUACAACCUCAAAGCCCUUACGUCUAAAUUGACAUAUUUAUCAAUUUGCAGCUAAAGAUCACUGUUUCGGCAACCCUUGUCUAAACAAUGGAACAUGUCAAAGCAAUCCUGAAAACUACACUUGUUCGUGUCCCUCAAGUUACACUGGACAGAGCUGCGAAGGUUUGUUGCACAAAAAGAGACCUCAACAAAACUUAACUGAGCCAAAUGCACACUUUUCUCUCCUGUGCUUGGUAUAUUCUGGAGUAUUGGAGUUAAGAAAAUGCCAUGUGAAGUCUGCACAGUUACCCUUAUUACAGAGCAGAGGCUUUGGAAUCUCGGAAUUGUCGGCUGUUAAAAAAUACGCAGUACAAUGAAGUACACAAGACAAUGAGACACAGAGUAUUCUUACCUUGCCUUUCAUUUGAUUUACAGAGCGAGAUUAUUGUCAUAGCCACCCUUGCCGACAUAAUGGAACAUGUCACAAUCUUCCAAACGAUUACAAGUGCGAAUGUCCUUCAGGAUUGACAGGGAUAAACUGCGAAGGUUAGCGUUAUACUGUAAUAGUUGUAGAGGGGAUGCUUACAGGGACCCAAUAUUUCCUAAGCACGUCACCUUUUAGAGUUGUAUGACGUCAAGAAACAGUUUUUAGACCGGGGGAAUCCUUAUAAAUGGAAUACUGAAGGUAGGGUUUUUGCUUUUUUUCAGAGAUUGAUUACUGCCAUGAAAACCCUUGCCAGAAUAAUGGAACCUGUAUUAAUGAUUUUGAAGAUUACAUUUGCUAUUGUCCUGCCAACUUUACAGGACAAAACUGCGAAGGUGUGUAGUUCUUCACACUCAGUAUUAAAUAGAAUUAUUUUACAGUUUUCCGUAGGAGCACAAUCUUUGAUUGAUUGUUGCAUUGGUAUGCUUUUCUUAGCUAUGUGAUUGGUCAAAGACGUGCGAAACUCUUGGCCAAUCAGAUAACAAAAAUUUGACCAAAGGUCACUUUCAUGUAUUACCGGUAGUUUGAGUCUUCAAGCUUUAAUACUGUGACAUUCGAUUUGUUUUUUAAUUUUAGCUCAGAACUAUUGUUACAACAGUCCUUGCCAAAACAAUGGAACGUGUCAAAAUCUAGAUGAAGGGCGCAAUUGUACUUGUGCUUCCGGUUAUUCUGGAACGAGCUGUGAAGGUUUGUUUGCUACGAAUAAAUUUCUAGCCGUUAUUUUCUUAGCUAACUUCGAACCAUUUUGCACAAUUACAUACAUAAUUACUGAUUGUCUCUAUGUUUCAGUGGUGGAUCCCUGUUUCAACAAUCCAUGCUUGAACAGUGGGACAUGCCUCAACUCUGAAAAUGGCUAUAAUUGCACUUGUCUUGCAGGAUUCAGUGGAAGAAAUUGUGAAGGUAAGCAAACUUACAUUUACAUUUUUACAUUUACAAUACCAUACUUGAUUAGAUUAAAUUCCAUUUUUGAAUUGACAAUUUCGUUUCUUUGCCUAGUGGAAGAUUUGUGCGUUUCUCUGCCCUGUAAAAAUGGAGGGGUGUGUACCUCGUUUGAUGGCUAUUACAACUGCGACUGCACUCUUGGUUUGAGGGGAAAAAAUUGUGAGGAAGGUAAGGCAUGAUGGGAACCACUGCCCCCUUUGCCUGAGCGAAUUUUUUCUAGGGACAACUGUUUCUUGUUCUAUUUUGCAGUAGAGUGUGUAUUUCUGUACCUUUGCUAACUCUCCCUAUGACUUUUCGUAUGUCUCUGGUCCACUAAUCUGUGCAUGAUCACGUAGGGAACCAUUCACCCAGUAAUAAAUCUUCCAAUAAGAUACCCGCAGGUCAUCAUCUACUUCAUUCAAGCGUCAGUGCCAUGCGCGCCAAUGGGUUCUUUCCUGCUCUUUCCCUCCUACAUGGUAACAUUUUGAGUUUAAUUUGUCUUUUGAAUGGUGAACAGUUACUUUAAAUUCGUUAUCGAAAGUAUCAUAUGGUAAAUAGAAGUCCUACGAUGCAGAGGCAUCGUGUAUGUAAUUUCAAAUUAACCUUCUCCUGCACGCGCGAUAAACUGGUUUUGAAACUACUCACCUAAUUACCCACAGAAUUUUAUUUCAUCUCACCUAAUGACUUUUGUUUACCAUCGCCUGACGUUUACAGAUAUUGACGAGUGUUUCAACAACCCCUGCUUGAAUGGAGCAUACGGUUGUAGAAAUACCUUUGGCAGUUACGAGUGUAUCUGUGCACCAAACUUUACUGGGAUCCACUGUCAAAUAGGUGGGUUUUUUUUGUGUGUCAAUAGAAAUAUUUUUACCUAUGACAACUUAAGAAAAAUAAUAAUGCUCUAUCUGUGUGCUUGUUGAUUAAUAAUUUUCCUCCUCGGUACAGUUAUUCUUUAUUAUUACUACAGAGUGUUGAUGUGGCCUUAUUACGUUUAUGGUUAUUCCUUAGAAAGCCACUCUUAGUUACCAACUAAUCAGACCCAAAGAUCACUUUAUCUCUCGUUUUUCCCCCCUCUCGAGUUCCUAUUGGCUGCUUCUCUUGUUUGGGUUUUUUGUUUUGUUUUGUUCGUUGUUCUUUCCUCGGAAUAGCUAUUUUUUUCUCUGUAAUGUGCACUUGUGCACAUGUGAACCGAUUUAUAUGGGGUCUGCAUCCUCCUCCAUCACCAUCCAUAUACUAUGUAAAUAUUUAUGUCAUGCAAGUUUCCACCUGUGAAGCUAUAUACAUUUCAGGUUUGCUUACAUUCUUAUUUCAAUCUUCUUUCUCAGGACUGGCUACGGACAUAUUUGAUCUAAUGUUCCUUUUUGAUGGGUCAGCUCACCUUGGAUAUCAUCUUUUCCGACAAACACUGCAGUUUGCAAACACAAUUUUGUCUGACUAUAACAUUUCCCAACAUCAAACCAAUGUGGCUGCAGCAGUCUAUGCGACGACUGCAGUUAUUGGAUUUAACUUCACUGAGCACUACAAUGAUUCCACCGUAACAGCUGCCAUUGAGAAUUUACCAUUCAUAAACGAGACAACCGCUUCCAUUGAAAAUGCUCUGCGCCUUGCUAGGAGGCAGAUAUUUGAAACUGGCAGAGAAAACGUACCUGACGUCCUUGUUGUUUUCGUCGGUCACUUACUAAUUGGUGAUUUUAAAGAAGUUUCCAAAGAUCUUCGUGAUAAAGGAAUAAAAAUCGUUGUCGUUGGAAUUGGAGACGGUUACGAUAUCAAACAAUUAGACGUGGUCGCGAGCGAACCAAAAGACGAUAACGUUAUUACAAUACGCGAUGCACACAUGGAUGUUAUGGAAGGUGGUGUCAGCGGUGCUGUAAGUCAAGGUAAUAAAGGAAUCAAUUGCGUAUAUCACUGUAGAUUUCGCGGCCAAACGUGA